UUUCAGUUCAUUGUAGGAAGUUUUCCGUUCGAGGUUCGACAGUGGUUUAACGGAGGGACGAGAAGUCGGAAACCAGAACGGUAUGGACUCUCGAGGCAGAAGUCGAAGUCCCAGUCCUGCACAGAGAGACCACAGUGGACCUUCAGAAGACGAGUCUAGUCCAGCAGCAGAGAGGCCCCAACAGGCUGACUCGGCUGAGAGAAGCCCCAAAGAGAGGUCGUCUCCUCAGGCCAGUCCUGCUGGCAGUCCCCCCUCCAGGAGCCCUGCCUCCAGCAGCUCAGACAGCAGCAGUAGCAGCAGUGAUGAUGAGGAUGAACAUCAUGGGGCACUGAGGAAGAUUAGGAGCAGUGUGGCUCAGAUCAAAAGAUCAAGGUCGAAGUCCAGGUCCAGGGAGCAAGACAGAUCCCUAUCCAGGGAGAGAGACGGAUCCAGGUCCAGGGAGAGAGAUGGAUCCAGGUCCAGGGAGAGAGACAGAUCCAGGUCCAGGGAGAGAGACGGAUCCAGGUCCAGGGAGAGAGACAGAUCAAGAUCCAGAGGACGAGACAGGUCUGGGUCAAGAGGACGAGACAGGUCCGGAUCAAGGGGCAGAGACGGGUCCGGGUCAAGAGGCAGAGACAGGUCCAGGUCCAGGUCCAAAGGACGAAACAGGUCCAGGUCCAGAGGACGAGACAGGUCCAGGUCCAGAGAGAGAGGCCGGGAGCGCUACAACAGAGGGCGCUAUAUUCGGGACCGCUAUGAUGAUCGCCGUGAAGACAGAGGCGGGCGUUUUGACCGGCGGACCAAUCGGGAUGCAGAGUCAGACCACAGGAGGCGCGGCCGCUCAGCCUCCCCUCCAACAGACAGGGAGACAGCGGUGGCUGAUGAGCCGCCGGUCAAGAAGAAGAAGGAGGAGCUCGACCCGAUCCUGACGAGGACUGGUGGAGCUUACAUCCCCCCCGCCAAGCUACGCAUGAUGCAGCAGCAAAUCACUGACAAGAGCAGCCUGGCCUAUCAGAGGAUGAGCUGGGAGGCUCUGAAGAAGUCCAUAAAUGGUCUGAUCAACAAAGUCAAUGUGUCAAACAUCAUCAACAUCAUCCAGGAGCUGCUGCAGGAGAACAUCGUCAGGGGGAGGGGUCUGCUGGCUCGCUCAGUGCUGCAAGCUCAGGGAGCGUCUCCGAUCUUCACUCAUGUUUACGCCGCCGUCGUCGCCAUCAUCAACUCCAAGUUUCCUCAGAUCGGAGAGUUGAUCCUCAAGCGCCUCAUCCUGAACUUCAGGAAGAGCUAUCGUCGUAACCUCAAGCAACAGUGCCUGACAGCCUCAAAGUUUGUGGCCCACCUCAUCAACCAGAAUGUGGCCCACGAGGUUUUGUGUCUGGAGAUGCUCACUCUGCUGCUGGAGCGUCCGACUGACGACAGCGUGGAGGUCGCCAUCUCCUUCCUGAAGGAGUGUGGCCUCAAACUGACCGAGGUGUCCCCGCGAGGAAUCAAUGCCAUAUUUGAGCGCCUCAGGAACGUCCUCCAUGAGUCGGCCAUUGAUAAGAGGGUCCAGUACAUGAUUGAGGUGAUGUUCGCCAUCAGGAAGGACGGUUUCAAAGAUCAUCCAGUGAUCCCAGAAGGCCUGGACCUCGUGGACGAGGAAGACCAGUUCACCCACAUGCUGCCACUGGAUGAUGAGUACAACCCCGAGGACAUCAUCAAUGUGUUUAAGAUGGACCCAGACUUCCUGGAGAACGAGGAGAAAUACAAAACCAUUAAAAGAGAUAUCCUGGAUGAGGGCAGCAGUGAUUCAGGGGAGGAGGGAGAUGGCAGUGACGAAGAUGACGACGAUGAAGAUGAGAACGAGGAGCAGGAAACAGACGAGAAGGUCACCAUCUUUGAUCAGACUGAAGUCAACCUGGUUGCUUUCAGAAGAACUAUCUACCUCGCUAUCCAAUCCAGUUUGGACUUUGAGGAGUGUGCUCACAAACUGAUCAAGAUGGACUUUCCUGACAGCCAGACGAAGGAGCUGUGUAACAUGAUCCUGGACUGCUGCGCUCAACAGAGGACCUACGAGAAGUUCUUUGGCCUGCUGGCCGGGAGGUUCUGUUUGCUGAAGAAGGAGUACAUGGAGAGUUUUGAGGGGAUUUUUUCGGAGCAGUACGACACAAUUCACCGACUGGAGACCAACAAGCUGAGAAACGUGGCUCGACUGUUCGCUCACCUGCUCUACACAGACUCUGUGCCCUGGAGUGUGUUGGAGUCUAUCAGGAUGAGUGAAGAGACCACAACGUCGUCCAGCAGGAUCUUUGUGAAGAUCCUUUUCCAGGAGCUCUGUGCCUACAUGGGCCUCCCCAGACUCAACCAGAGGCUCAAAGACCCGACUCUGCAGCCGUUCUUUGAAGGUCUUUUUCCUCGUGAUAAUCCCAGAAACACUCGCUUCGCCAUCAACUUCUUCACCUCGAUUGGACUGGGAGGAUUGACGGACGAGCUGAGGGAACAUUUGAAGAACGCUCCCAAGAUGAUCAUGACUCAGAACCAGGAAGUGGAAUCCUCUGAUUCCUCGUCAUCCUCUUCAUCGUCCUCGUCCUCUUCUGACUCCUCCUCCUCAGACUCCUCCAGCGAAUCAGAUUCAGACUCGUCAGACUCUGACUCCUCCUCUAGCAGCAGCAGCAGCUCAGACUCAGAUGCCAAACACAAGAAGAAGAAGAAGAGAAAAGAACAAAGUGAGGAGAAAAAGAAGAAGAAAGAGAAGGUGCAGAAGAAGAAGGACAAACCUUCUGACAAGAAGCGAGCCAGACACAAGAAGGACGACGAGGAGGAGGACAGCGACGACGAGAAGCAGGCGAGGAAGGACAGGAAAGGCCGUGCACGUGAGGCGGAGGAGCGUGAGCAUGCACGUGUGGCCAUGGAGCGCGAGCGUGCACGUGAGGGCGCCCGCCGGAGCAGACGAGAUGAAAGAUCAGAAGAAAGAGAGCUGCAGGAGGAGGAGAGGAGACGAAAAAUGGACGUUCCAGACAGACAAAGAGAUGGAGAGAGGGAGAGAGAGAGAGACAGAGGGAGGGAAAGAGAGAGAGCCAGAGAGAGAGAGAAUGAGGAGAAGAGAGAGAGGGAGAGAGAGCGAGAGAAGCAGAGGGAUAGAGAGAGGAAUAAAGAGAACAGAGACAGGAACAGAGAGAGAGAGGAGAGGAGGAGGAGAUAAAACUCCUCAUCUCUCCGUCCCUAAGCAGCAGUGAUGGACUGAUGACUGACAGACGAGUGAAGUCUCCAUCUCUUCCUUCAGUCAUCCCUCUCUCCUUUCCUCGCCCUGUCACUCUCUGGUGUUUUGGAUUUGGGACCUCCCUCCCUCUCUCUCUCAGUUCCUCUCUGUCCCUGCCUGUCUGUAUUUUCUAUUGAUUUUUGUUGUUGAUGAAUGAAAUGUGGAAAACAAACGAAAAAAAUAACGAAAACAUUAAAGUUGUUUCAGAUGUUUUUU